AGGGAAAAUUCCAAGUAAAAGGAAAAAACUUAAAUUUGCAAAAUCACCUUCUCAACUCCGAUCCGAUGCUGGGUCCUUAAUGCGUUACUUAUCUAUCACAUAAUCGCGGAUCAAAUCAAAGUAGCAGCUUUUUCUUCUUAAUCUCUAAGGUAAAUUCAUCUUUUAAGCUGCAGUGUUCUAUAAGCUAUACAUACAGAUACAGAAAUAAUAUAGCCAUAUAGGUGGUAAAUCUGAACCUUGUUUUGUUUAUGUCAACUCAAAUAAAUGCUCAAAGCCCAUCUACCCCACUGUUCUCUUAAAGGCUUUCAUUUAUUCUUAUUUAUUAGAUCAUUUUUCUAAUGGAAGCUCCCAAAUCCCCUUCCAAACAUAAACGAUUCACCACCAAACACAAAUUGUUAUUUAAAAUCACCGCAGUCAUUUUCAUCCUGAUUCUGUUAUUUCUAGGGUUUUAUCUUGAAUCUCAUAACUGGAAACCCAAUUCGACGUCGUAUUACACUGUUGUUAUAGACUGUGGAAGCACAGGAACACGUGUUAAUGUGUAUGAAUGGAUGCUAGGUGGUGUAGUAGGUAAGAAAAAUUUACCAAUUUUGCUACAUUCAUAUCCUGAUAAUAAUGCAACAAAAAAGAAUAAUUCACUUUGGAAAAACUCCUGUCAAUAUCAUUGUAUGCAAACCGAACCCGGGUUAGAUAAAUUAGUUAAUGAUUCUUUACGGGUGAGACGAGCAUUGGAGCCUUUGAUUAUGUGGGCAGAAAGUUUAGUUCCCCGCAAAAUGCAUGGUGAUACGCCAAUUUUUGUUCUGGCUACUGCUGGAAUGAGGAGGAUUCAGAGGGAUGAUGUGUUUCGGGUUUUGGAGGAUGUUGAGGCUGUUGCGAAAGAUCAUUCUUUUAUGUUUGAUAAGAGAUGGAUUAGGGUUUUGAGUGGUAGGGAGGAAGCUUAUUAUGGUUGGGUAGCUUUGAAUUAUAAGAUGGGUAGCUUUGAUGAUGAUUAUCAUCGUGGGUCUUCUACUUUGGGACUUGUUGAUUUGGGUGGGUCGUCAUUACAGAUUGUGGUGGAGAUAGAUCGUGAUACCGGGGAUGAUGUGAAUGCGAUAAGAUCGGAGUUUGGUUCGAUUGAACAUAGAAUUGUGGCAUACUCAUUGCCUUCAUUUGGGUUAAAUGAAGCGUUUGAUAGGACUGUUGCUAUGCUUAGAAAUAAUCAGAGGGUAGAAAGUACUAGAGGUGUAUCUGAACUCAGACAUCCCUGUUUGAUGUCUACCUUUGUACAAAACUAUACAUGCAAUUCUUGUUCUGGGUUUCAUGCAGUUGGCACAAAAAAUCAUAGCCAAUCCCAGAAAACUGAACUUCGCUCUUUAAGUCUUGUUGGAAAUCCUGAUUGGGAACAAUGCAGAGAAAUAGCUGUUGCUGCUGCUAUGAACUUGAGUGAUUCCCAAGUGUCACAUCAGGCAGUUGGUGCAAAUUGCGAAGCAAGUUUAUUUUCUGGUAUUGGCACUGGUGCACUUAAUUUAACAGCUGUUGCUCACCCAAUGAAGCGAUUUCAUGCUUUAUCCGGUUUCUUUUUUGUCUACAACAAGCUUAAUUUGAGCCCAAGAGCCAAUUUAACAACAAUUUUGGAGUCAGGCAAGCAAAUAUGUUCAAAUUUAUGGGCUGGCUUGAGCAAUAUUUCUGACCAUCCAAAAUAUGCUGGACAAUUUUGUUUUCGGGUGGCUUAUAUGGCAUCAUUGAUCGAGCAUGGUCUAUGUCUUGGUGAUGUAGAAAUGGAAUUUGGUCCAGGUGAUGUUUCCUGGACAUUAGGGGCUGCAUUGGUUGAAGGAAAAUUUCAAUGGUUAAAUAUUGCAAGCCACAAAUCCCAGACUAUAUAUUCAGCUUUAAAGAAUGUGAAGGUCAUGUCUUCUCCAACUACUCUCUUUGCUGUACUUCUGUUCCUUUUAUUUGUUGUUUAUUGUACUCAAAUCAAGCUACCUAUGCCUGGCAGAAGGGCUUCUGCUCCUGGCUCAUCUUUGCCAUCCCAUACUCAUACAAGACAUCGAGCUAACUAAUAUAAUAUUUCACUAUUCUUUUAUCUUUCCUUUGCCAUUCUAUACUUAUUUUGAAAGGAUGUGAAGAUUUUAGAAACCAAUGAUAUUUAAUAGGCGCACUCAAUUUUUUUAAACCAUACACCAGUAGGAAAGUAGAUUUUCCCCCAAUUUUUGGUACUGAUUCUACAAAUAUCAAUAAAAAAUGGCGGGGAACUUUAACGCGUUCGCUUCUGCUGUUUAUUUUUGCCCAUGAAACACGUUGCGCAUUUUUUAUUGAUAUAAUUUUGAAGCAAAAUGUUUGAGGUACCUAAAUCAUCUGUGCUGUGCUCUAAACUUGAGGAUAUAUGGGUUGAGUUGUUGAGAAGUGGAAGUGUGGAACAUAUACUAUCAGUAUUUGUCCUUUUAAUCAUAACACUCAAUAUUAGCAACUUUCUUUGCUUGUACUAUUGUUUGAACAUCAAACAUAUAAGAAAGAAGGGUAUUUUCUUGUA